CAAAUUUAACCCCAACUCCGCAACACCUUCAAGAUCUUUUCCUUCCCGAUUGAGCAAAACCAAAAGACGUGUCAAACUUCGCGUCAUUCACAAAACACGCAACCAUCAAACGCCGUCGUUUCAUCAUAUAAACCACCAACAAAACAACGUACUUCCUCUCCAAAUCUUCCUCAACACCACCUCCAAUUCAACUCUAUUUUCUCUCUCCUCUGUCCUCUCUCCAAUGGAGGUCUCACUUUCAUCAACAAUGGCGGAUCCUCUCUCUCUUUCUCACCUCCUCACCACCCCCGACUCUCUCCAAAUCUUCUCCGUUAUCUUUCCAAUCGACGCCGUCGCACCUCCUCCCGUCAGAUCUCGCUCUUCUUCCCGAACCUCCGCGCGCCGUACUCUCCUCAAACGACGCCGUAUCACUCGCCGUCGAUCUCCUCCAUCUGACGGCGAAGGCGAUGCUGGAAUCUUCGGCGGCGAUGACGGCGGUUUUUUCGGCGGAUUUGGCGGCGGAAGAGGUUGGAACUCCGACGGUUUCGGUGGUGGUGGAGGAUUCAAUUGGAACGAUUAUUCAUCUUCUUCGUAUCCCGAUGAUCCAGCUUUCGAUUUCGUCUAUGAAGUUGUGUGUUGGAUUGUUUUCUCCAACUGCUUGCAUUUCGCCUUCAAAAAGGUUGUUCGAUUUGUUGCAGAGGAGAGAGAAAAAGUUCCUUUGAGAAUCGCAUCUGUCUGCUGAAAAUUCACUGGUACAUUCAUUUGGAUGUAUAUAUUGUACAUAGAAGUAUUAUUUUUUCUUUUUAUGAACAUAUGGUUGUCGUAUGAAGUAUAUAGUAGUUGUCAAUUGAUUCGUAAUUCGCCGAAAUUCAUUGUUCUUAUCGAUGCUUGGUUGAAGUAUAUACUUGUUAAUUGAUCCAUAAUUGGCCUAAAUGCAUCAUUCUUAUUGAUGCUUUGGUUGAAGUGUAUAGUAGUUGUGAAUUGAUUCAUAUUUGGCCUAAUUCAUCGUUCUUAUUGAUGCUUUAGAUGAAAUAUAUAGUAGUUGUAAAUUGAUUUAUAA